AUGGCAGAUACCAGUGCCGCUUCGUCCUGUCGCUUUUCCACACGCAUUUCGCUUCGAUGGCUCCCCGAAUCAGCCCAUGAGACAACAGACACGAUCGUCAUGUCGGUGAAAGACUGGUAUCUCGAUCUACGAAUGGACAAACAAACACAGGAGAUUGACUGGGCGAUCGCCGGCCAAAGAAUCGUCGAAAGUCAAGGACCACUUCGGGUAUCCUUUACCCACGAACUAGACUCGCACAAUGCCUUCGAGAGCGUGGACUGUGGCACCUUUGUCUCGCUCCCUAAUGGCGAUGACCUCGAGACGGGCUCCAUGCCUCGUCCUGAUCUCCCCGGUGCACCGGAGACGGAGUAUGAGGAGGUAUGGAGGGAAUUACCGUUCCGGGAGGGACCCGAGGGAGCGAAGAAGGGUGUUUCAUGGGUUCUUGAAUCCGAUGAUGGUGAUCUUGGCGAAGAUGGAGAGGUCACGGUGGUGAAGACAUUCCUGGGACGGAUUUGGGGGACAUAUUUGGCGUUACAACAGGAACAGAUUCUUGUUCGGCGGAAGGAUGCGGGUCAAUGGAUUGUCAGUAAGACUGGGGCUGAGGUUAGUGCAAGAAGGGAAGAAUGGAUGGAUUCUAAGUGGGAGGAACGAUAUGUGGUCGGGGGUUCUGGGAAUCAGUUGCCUUCAAUGAUGACCGUGGGUGAAGAAAAGGGGUGGAUGCCUGGAGAGCGGGUUCUUGUUCUUGGAAAGUCAUUUAUUGUUCGAGCAUAUGAGGAGAUGUAG